GGAUGCGGGCAGCACCGAGACGGAAGCGCGGCAGGACGGGAGCGGUGCUGAGGACAGCGGCGCCGGAGGGGUGCGGGAGAACGGCUCCAUGCCGGGGAGAGGAACCGAGCGCGGCCCGAAUCCCCCCGCCGUCCCCUCCGCUCCCCUCUGCUCCGCUCGGCCGUGGGAUGCGGGGAUUUGGGACGGCUGAAGGACUCGGGGCCCCCACCGCCGCAGCGCUGCUGCCCGCAUCCGGGCCGGGCCCCCCCCGAGCCUCCAGCGCUGCUCCCGGUGCCCCCCGGGGCUGAGGCCCCGAUGAUGACCCAGGCAUAAAAGAGCCCAGAGCUCGUCGCUGGGGAGAGGCUGCGUAUGGCGUUGUGAAGGGAGAGGUGGAGGAGGGCUUUGAGCAGCGCUGUGCAGGAAUGAAUGGCUGGCAGGAGCCGGACAGCGGUACUGCAGCUCGUCUGGCAGCUUUGCAGCUCAGUUGGGAAGUAGAAGAUGUGGCUGUGAAAGAAGAAGUCAGUUGCUGGGACGUCCCCCUGUUCUUCCCCUAGCUGUCCCCUUGCCUCAGCCUGGAUUCCCCUUGCAUUCCUGUAGGAUUCCCUUCCAUUCUCCUGGUUGCCGCUUGCUUUCCCCAAGGUUGCUCUUUCCUUUCCCAUGACAGCCCACCCAUCAUUCUCUCAAAGCCCCAGUAUCCCCCGCAGUUUUUCCCCAGCAAGACCCCUAGAGACACCCUGUAGCCUCCCACAGAUCCCCAUAGCCCCCUCAAGAAGCUCCUCAGAACCGGUACACCUCCCCUGUACCUGGCCCAUAUAUAUGCACAUGGAGCCCCACAGUCCCCAGCAUCACCCCAUGUCCCCCUCUGGGCUCCCACAGAACCCCGUGUUUCCUCUAUUUCCUCCUUCAGACCUCCUUUCCCACCUCCAAGACCCCCAACCCCGGGAUCUCAUCGAUUCCCAUGGUCCCUGACAGCAGCACCCCUGUCAUCAUCCCAGGAACCCCAUAGCACACCUGAGGCCUCUCCUCAGCCCCAUCCCCAUCAAGCUCUUGUACAGCCAUAGGGUGCUGGGGCAGGGGUGGCUGCUGCAGGAGAGGAAUGCGGAGCUGGAGCAGGUGCAGGGCAGGAUAUGGGGCUAUGGACCACAGCCUGCAGGAGCAGAGUGCUUUGCAGAAGGCAAGGUGUGAGGUACAGGUGGGACUUGUGGGUGCGGGGACGUGGGGUGGCAUGGGGACGUAGGGGGUAUGAGGGCACGUGGGGAGCUGUUUGCGGAUAGGAUGGAGGAUGUGGGGUGGUGUUGGAGUGCACUGGUUGAUUUCUUCCUCAGAGGGGAUUGGGGUUCCCUUUGGCCCAAAGGUGGAGCCCUGAUCCAUAACCCCACGUGAGCCCCAAACGCCAUAUAACUCGGCGUGAGCCCAAGGCUCCCCAUGACCCAUAACCCUGUGAGCACCGUAAGCCCAUAUGAGGCUGAGGGCAGUGAUGGGUCUGUUACUGGCUAGGUCAGGAGGGUGGCUCUGGGGCCGCUGUAGUAUAGCACUCUACAUCUGCCCCUGACCCUCAUCUAGCCCACAUCUUGGGGGGUAAGAUGGGGGUGCAGGGGUUAGUGGAGGGCUAAGGAAGAGAUUCCAUGAGUAUGAACCAUAGCAUCCCCAGAGCCAUCCUAGAGCAGCGCCAUCACUGCCCGCGGCCCGUGGCCAGCAGCAGUUGUCCUGGUUGCUGUGGUGUUACUUCACUCUCCUCAGUGAGUUCCUUCUGCUCCCAUAGUUCUCCUCCUGUGGCACUCACUGCUCUCCUGUUCCCCCUUGGCUAAGGACUGCAGGCUCACAGUCUCCGCCACGCAUCCGCUGUGCAGUUUUUCCAGAGCAGGUCUAUGGCCAAGCUGCUCCUUUUGGGCUGAUUGUGUGCUUUUCUAUGCAGACAGGCAGGCAGGAUUUCUUGCAGCUGUCGUACGUGCUGGGUCUCAUGCUCCGUCCUGCACCUGUGCCUUAUCUCGUGUGCACUCUCCACCUCCCCCUGGUCAGUACAUCCUGGCCCUGCUGUGCUCUGCUCAGCAUCUGUCUGCUGAGCAACGACACAGCUGUCACACUGACCCUACCUUGUGCUAUCCCUGCAGAUGUUUGAUGAUUUCCUCUGCCACUCUCCCAGCCAUAACAGGUCGGGUGAUUUCCAGCAGCACACAGCUGGCACACCGAGCCACUCUGACCACGUACGGCAGCAGCCCGCCCCAUGGCUUCCUUGGGGCAGCCGUGGGGCUGUACCACCCUGAGGAGGCGAUGACUUUUCCCCACACACAGCUGGUUCUCUGGCCACACGGGGUGAGGAUGUGGGGUUGGGGGUCACAUGGCUGUCCUGCAGAGUCAGAGUGUUAUGGGGUUUUGUGGGGUUCUGGGUUAGAUGGGGUUCUGGGUUGCUGUGAUGAGGUCAGAUGAGAUGGUAGGGUCAGAUGGGGUGACAUGGAGUUCUGUGGUCACAUGUGUUUCUAUGGUCGAGUUGAGGUGGGGGCAGGGAUCCCAGAGUUCUGGGGCCACAUGGCAUCGGGUCGCAGCGUGAUGGGGGCAGGUAGGGUCAGGGAGUCACAGGGUCAUGUGGGGGUGUGGUUCACCCAGGGUUGUGGGUCACGUACAGCCAUGGGGUCACACACAUGAUGAGGUCAUCUUGGCUUAUGGCUCGUGUGGGGUUACGGCUUAGGGUCCCACCUUUGGGCUGCACGGACCCCCAGUCCCCUCUCAGGAAGAAAUGAAACCCCUCCUACACCGCUGUCCCCUUCCCCCCUUUUUUUUUUUUACCUCAAACUGCUCCCCACCUCCUCCCAUAGCACUCCAUACCCCCGCGUCCCUCUUGCAGCGCACAUCUUGUCUUCUCCUGAACAGCAUUCUGCUCCUGCAGGCUGUGUUGUCAUAUCCAUUCUAUAUCCCCCACACCCCCUCCCACAGAGCUACAUAGCUCCUCAAGUACUUUCUCUGACCGGGUACACCUCCCCCACCGCCAACCUGGGACCUCGCAGAGCCCCACAGUCCCCAGCAGCACCCCACGUCCCCCACGGUUCUUCAAGGAUCCCUCCGAUUUGAGGGAGGCUCAGACCUCCCUUUAUGCCUCAGACCCCUCCUGUGUUCUCCGACUCCCACAGUCCCUGACAAGACCCCCAUCACCAUCCCAGGACCCCCAUAGCCCACUGAUGAGGAACCUCGCAGCAAUCCACAUCUCAGGAUGGGGCUCCAGCUGUGCCCCAAUGCCUGCAUUAAAGACAGGAGAAUGAAUGAGCGUAACGGGGCACCUUUCCUCCUGACAUUACCAACUGCCUGCGUGUUGGCUGUGCCACAUGAGCAGCAUUUUGUCCUCGAGCUGUGAGUGCAGACAGAGGCCCUGAGAACAACCAGAGCCGUGUCUGCCUUCACCAAGGACUCACCUCUGCACGUGCAGCGGCAGCUCUGAGGGCAGCCUUCAUCGAUUCCCCUCUCCUCUCUUUCUCUUGGUGUCUUCUCGCUAGAAAGCAAGAAUAAACAUGAAUGCAUUUUGUCAGCAGCACAACUGCAGAAACAGGGGUGCCGUACAGGCAGAAGGCAGCAAAAAAACAGAGGAAACGGGACUAGGAAGUUUCCCAGUGAAUGACAUUUCCAGGGGGAUGUGCAGAAGACCACCAUGGAGUUAAUGGAAGGAGACGGGGUUACGUGUUCUGGCACCUCACUGCCUUUGGACUUUGUAGCCUUCCACUCUUGUCCCCUCCACAGAGAAGGAAAAAGCAAAGCGAACCCUGAGCAAACUCAGUGUGCUUGAAAAGGGCAGCAGCUCACCAGGGUGGGUCCCACAGCACCUUCUCACCUCUUAGCUUGGAGCUCCGCGCUGCAGCAGGCCCAGGGUGUGCUGCUGGAGCUGGCACGCUGUCUCCGCUCGGCCCCCUCACUCUUUUGUUAGCAGGCAGCUGUGCUGCUGUUGGCUUCGCUUCUUCCAAGCCUUUGCGUUUACAUCCAGCCAAGGACUUGGAGACAGAGCGGGGGCACACAGCAGGGGAAGGUCUUCCCCCUGUGCUGGGACCUGCUGUUGUAGGAAGCCCUCCAGCCUGGAGAUGAGCUCUCUCCAGAAGGACUUCCUGCACCGCUUUUGCGUAGAUCUUUCCGUUGGGCUCGGCACCUCUCUCUGUGAUAAUCGGGAAAGGAGAAGCAACAACAUUGAAAGAGAGUCCUUGCAGUCCUUGCGGUCUGCAGAAUGGGCCAUCAUGCUAGGAUGUCUCGAGUGCUCACGGUAAGGGAUCUUAGGAUCUUGGGUGAACGUUGGGUUCCCAGCACGGAUGUGCAGUGCCCUUUCCUCUCCCCUCCAUCGCACACACUGCCCUUCAUGCAGCCCUAUUUAGAGGCGCAUACCCAUAGCACAGCUCACAUGAGCUUCUUACCUGCGGAGGCUUUCCGUUUCCCCCCUUGCCCAGCACCACUCCAUGGACGCGCAGGAUCCAUCCCUACAGAAACAUUGUAAAAAAUCAACAACGUUGAUUUCACAGGCACCAGCAGGCGGCAGCAGAGAUAUCAUGCAGUAAGCCCACGUCCCCCCAGGAAACAGAAAGAUGCUACUUUGACAGCCCAAACACAAACGGAUUGAUAGUUCACUUUGCACUGCUCCUUCCUGCACUCCAAAUGGAUGCUUACUUGACAUCCCCUACAGCACUGCACCCGCUCAGAAGGAAUACUCAAAAUUCAUUCCUCCACACUUUGCGACAGAGGGCUGAAGAAACUCACUUCUGUAUGGCAGGGAGGACCGUCCGUCCCUGUUGCGUCCCUCUGUGCGCUGCAAGGCACGGUUGGAUCUCUGGCAGCCUGCUGGCUGCUGCUCCCAACCGCGGGGAACCGCACCGCGCCACUUCUGAAGAGAGAAAGGGAGAAACGGUGGUGGGAACGGGCAGCCAAGGUUUGCAGAGAGGUUCCAGAUCGUGCCACAGAUGGGAUAUCAAAGUGCUGAGACACUGAUUAUCACUAUGGGAAAAGACAGCCUGAGCCACGUCCACGUUGUUAGCCCAGGCUGUCAGCAGUGAGCGCUGAAUCCAACCGGUUCCUGAGGUCACCAAGGACCAGCAGGGCUCCCCCUGCUCCGUCCCUUCCCCUUGAAAACAAGGAAACGGAAGCACCAAGCAGAAGAGGCCCAGCCAUACCUUGCCACUCACACGGCAGCAAUUGGAACCGCGGUCGUCUCCUUGCUGAGACAUGGCUGCUGAAGGCUCAGAGGAAGCUGAAGUUCCAGAGGCUCUCUCUGCAGGAACUUCCCCGGCCCUUGGAAAGAGCUGGCUUCCCUCUUCCUAAGACCGCCUCGAUCCCAAAAUCUCCUUUGGGACAGGAAUCCUGCAGAAAGUACCGACGAGUGCACACGCGGUGCUUCCGUCGGGCUCUCACAGGGUGAUCUGUUCCACAGAAGGCCCAGAGCUCAGUCUCUGCGUGCAGCACGCUCACCAGAGCUCCAGCUCUGCUCACCAGCUGUGGCACAAACGCUCCCACCCCAGCAGUGGUUGUGACCUCAGCGAGUGCCCGCAUCGCCUCGGUGCUUUCAUCAUAAGCGAAGGAAAUGGACGCCUCCCAGCUCCACAUCUUAGGGUCACCCCAUGGGGUUAUCUGAAGAACAGGAAUGGAGAAGUGAAGACGACUCUUGUGCAGCCCAAUAAAAAACAGAAAAGACCAAUACGGCUUCACAGUGGUCAAUGGAGUCCCAGAGGAAUCACUAGAAACCAAUAGCAACGCACGCCUGGAUGUCCCGGGGCUGGUGCAGGCUUUUCUGGCUGUUGCGUUAGGCUUCAGGGCCGAUGUAGCCCCCUCGGGCUGUGGCUGUACCUUCAGGCCUCGGGCUGGUAUAGGCCUCUUGGGCUGUGGAUUUAUAUUCAAAGCUGGUGUUGGCCUCUUGUGCCAUGGCUGUGGCUUUAGGCCCUUGGCCUGGUUCCGGCCUCUCUGGCUGUGGCUUUAGGCCCCGGGGCCAGUGCUGGCCUUUUGGGCUGUGGCUUUAGGCCCUGGGAUCAAUGGCAGCCUGUGUGGCUGUGGCCUCAGGCCUUGGGGCUGGUGCUGGUUUCUCAGACUGGGGCUGGGGCUUUAGGCCCUGGGGCCGGUGUAGGCCUCUCUGGCUGUGACUUCAGGCCCUUGGGCCGGUGCUGGCCUUGCUGGUUGGGGCUUCAGGUGCCGGCCUCUCUAAGUUUGGCUGUGGCUUUAAGCCCCUGCACUGUUUCAAGCCUUUCAAGCUGUGCCUUUAGUCCCCAGGGCCUUUUUUGGCCUGCCUGGCUGUGGCUUUUGCUUUAAGCCCCAUGGCCGGCGUCAGCCUCUCAGGCUGUGGCUUUAGGGCCUGGGCUCAGUGCUGGCCUCUUUUUUUGUGGCUUUAGACCCCAGAGCUGGUGCCGGUCUCUCAGGCUGUGCCUGUGGCUUCAGGCCCCAGGGUCCGUGCUGGUUUGUCUGGCUGUGGCUGUGGCUUUAGGCCCAAAGCUGCUAGUGGCCUCUCCAGCUGUGGCUGUUGUUCCAGGUCCCGAGGCCGGUGCCGGUUUCUCUGUCCUUGUUUUUAGGCCACAGGGCUGGUGCCGGCCUCUCUGGCUGUAGAUAUGGAUUCAGGCCCUGGGGCCAGUGUCCACCUCUGUGGCUGUGGCUUUAGGCCCUAGAUCUUGUGUCAGCCUAUGACAACGUGCAUUUGAAAAUGGUUCGUGUAAGGAAAUGAAAGCAAGAGAACACGGAACUCUUCUGGGUAUUUCUAGAAUUGCGAAAGGGAUCGGAGAGCGUGCUCAGCCUUGGGUGGCUGGUUGUAUCCAGCAAUCCCUACCACAGUUGUAAACGUCACUAAAUCUUUGUUAUCCUGCUUGCCAGGAUUUGGAUGGGACAAGAAGCCAACGACUAUCAGUUUAGGGGAGGUAAUGAAUGUUAGCCGCUCCCCUUUCUUCUCCCCUUGCUACUUAGGUUACACAGUUCUGUGCGAUGUGCCGGUGCAAUAUCUCUGAGCAACCAUUUUGAUGGGUUCAGCAAUGCUUGGGGCAACAGGCUUUGGUCAUCCUCAGAUCUACAUGACGAGAGAGACUGAAAGAAAAAUAAAAUAGGAGGUAAUAGUCCUUUCUCUUCUUCUAGUCAGAAGACUAACCAAAGCUUCCAUACUACGUCUUUUGCCUUGAUAGGGGUGUUCCCUGAACCUCACACCUUUAGCACAGCACUUUCUGUUGAGAUUCCCGCCAAGAGAGAAGUAUUAGUGCCAGUCCUCUGCCUCUUUUUGUCUCUGUUGUCUGCAUUUCAUUUAGUGGCCCACGAACAGAGGCAGGACAGCCAAGCCCUGCAGGUAGAGGCAGGGACCAGGCUCAGGAGCAAGGGCAGAGUGGUUUCUUUGUUUCUAAAGGGAAUGGCAGUGUUUUCUGCAGGUGGAUUUGCCACAGCCUUUCUUACAGGACUGAGACUGGGAUGAGAAGUGCCCUGAAGGGGGUGUGCUUGCAAGUAGGCAAAAGAGAAAUGCAAAUCAAGGUAACUGUGUUGGAGACCCUGCCUGGGAGCAGAGGGACGUGAGAGCCCCACCACCUUCUGCCUAGGAGCUGUGUAGAGUCCCCAUCCCAAACGGCGUGUUUCCUUAGCAAAACGGUCGUUCUUCUGGAAAGCCCCAGCUCCUCGCGUUACAUUACUACGUGAAGAAUCCCAGGCUGAAUUAUUUAGACAUACUUUUUUGUUAGUGGUCAAGUAAAACACGGCAACAGAGGCAGCGGGGGGUAACCUCAGGAAAAAGAGGGGACAAAAACAUCUCCUGUGUCAAGGCCUGACUUGAUGAGAAAGGAAGAGCUGUGGAAGUGUGCGUGGUUGGAGGUGUCCAUCUCCUAGACUGCACUCAGAGGAGGAGAAUGAUUCUGGCUCUGCAGUCUCGGAACUCCAGGCAAUACACACAGGGAAGGAUUUCUGGGCUGAGAUGAAUUUAUAUCUCUGCAGCUUCUAAUCUUUUGGAUGUGGCGUUCUCAUGCAGUGAAGCUUUUGAGCAUGGUUUAUCGUCACCGUAGCUGACCUGCAUGGGAAAAGAUGCCAUUAGGUCUCACAUGAAAGCUUUUAAGCAAGCUUUGACUUGCCAGUGCUUUCCGUUGUCUCCACUUGCCUGGUGCCUCCUUGAAAAGUAUGCGUCGUCUGGAAAUCUCUAGAAAAAAAGCUAUUUCCUAGCUUUUGUGCAAUAAAGAAGCAUUUGCAACAUUGCUUCUUGCAGCAGUACGGUGUUUCAGAAGAGAGAAAAACACAGCUGGCAUCAACUGGAUUUCUGUUGUUGGUAAAGCUGGGCUUAGCUCGGGACUGACUCUUGCACCUGGGAAUGCGAGCAAAGCCUGCAGACACAGAGGAAUAACUUUUCCCUGCAGGCUGAGCAUGCCAAAGGCAGGUCAUUGCUAGGAGAGCUGGUGCUUUAAAGCAGCAGGUUGUACAGAGAAGGUAAUUCUGAAAGCAAGCUUGCCAGUUCUUUUUUACCUCAGUGGUUUCUGAGCAAGGAAAGAGUUGAGAUGCUGUUUGCUCCUGGAAGACGGGGAGAGGAAAAGCAAGGAAAAGGCAUGCUGUGCAUAGCCAGCGCAUUGCACCUGCACCGGUCUUCCCCUGCACAAAGGAGGAGCAGCUCAGCGAGCUUCGCCUGGGCCAUGGAAGGGAACAUCCACACGUCCGGAGCAACCCCAAACGAGUUAGCUGUGGAGGCUGGUUGUUUUCUGCUGUUUGUCUCAUCCUUCUGGAAAGAAGCAGGAGGAGACAGAGCUCAGAUUUGAUCCCGCUGUGCGUGAUGGUUAAUGCCAAGGGACAGAAGUGUGUGCUUAGGCAGGGGAGAAGCUAGGAAAGCUGAGCAUCGUAGAGGAACGAGAUUAAAACAGAGCUCAUUCUACACAGCAGUUCAGCACGUUGCAGGGAUUUAUCUUCCCUUCUACCAGUGUAGAAGCUACCAACACUACCAGCGUGUGUUGGGCUUGGUUGCUUGCAGAAGGAACAAGGUUACGUGUUGGUUUUACAGAGAACAGCCAUUAUGAUUUCUUGAUAGAUUUAAUCGAUAAUAGCAGAGGAGUGGCAAGAAAGGGCCCCGCCAAUGCCAGUAAGUUCCUACCCAGACCUAUGUGACAGACUGACAUGUGGAAAUCAGACCCUAUAGCCAGUAAGGAUAUGGAGCAGCUAUGUGUUUAUUGGUGACGCGCGUACACCCUGGUGCAAGGGGGAUCGUUCCACCUAACUUGCACCCCAUCAGGAGAAAUGGUGCUAUAGUUAUAGGUCAAACUAAUACAUAAUCAGUAGGUGACAGGAAUUCAGAUACAUCUUCAUUACAUUCCCGAGAGCCCAUUAGCAUGCAGUCCCUCCCCCCCUUGCGCGGGCGUAGUAGGUCAUGAUGAUGAAGGCUUGCAGUCUUCCUCACAAAGGCUCGUCGUCUUCCUCGCUGCAAACUUCUGACCCUGAAGGGGGGGCAUCCCCCAAACCAGUUUCAACUUGCCCUGUAGACAACUAAUCACCUCCCUGCCAAAUGUUUUUUCGAGCUGCUCUCCAGCCCUCAUCUAUAUGGCCUUCAUCCUCCUUGCUAUUCCAGACCCAGUGUCUGUGAAAGUGCUUGGAACCCCUUGUUUUCUAACACUCUCUACCUAAACUAUCUCUAUUUGCCCCUUGUUUCUACUUUGUGAAGCUGCUUUCCCCUUUCUUGCUGUGAGGCCCUUCUCUCUCAAACUGCAGGGUCCUGCUCUCUCUCUUCAAGAGCAGUCAGAAGAAAGACAAGUGAGAAUACAGGGAACAAAGAAAAGCAGAGAGGAGAGCAGAGGCAGCAGAAAGAGGAGUGAGGAUACAGAGAAGAAAGAACAGGGGAAGAGGAGUGCAGAUGCAGAAUAAAGACAAGUCUGGCAACAGGAAACAAAAUCCAACAGAAGAGCAGUGCUGAUGCAGAGGGAAAAGGAGUGAGGAUGAUGCAGGGGAAUAAGAACAGGAGAAGAGUGAGAAUGCAGAGGAAAGAGCAGGGAGGAUAGAAAAGAAGGGAGAGCCUAAGAGGUGGGCAGAUGGAAAAAGAGUGAGGGAAGAAAGAAGAGCAGAAGAGUAGAGCCAAUGCAGAAGAAAGAGGAGUGAGGAAGCAGGGAAACAUACAGCAGAAGAGAAAAGCAGAUGCAGGUGAAAGAGCAGUGGUGAGAUGCAAUGGAAACCAUCAGAAGAGUGAGGAUACAAGGAGGAAAGAACAGCAGAAGAGGAGCACAGCUGCCCGAGAAUGAGCAGUGAGAAUACAGGGAAGAAAGAGGAGGAGGAGAGCAGAUGCAGAAGAAAAGAGACGUCACGUUACAGGGAAGAAAAGCAGGGCAGACGAAGUACGGAGAGGAAGCAGGGGAAAAAAACACUGAAGAGCACGGAUAGAGAUGAAAGAGCAGUGAGGAUACACAGAGGAUAGAACAGCAGAAGAGAAGCAGAAGAGAAAAAACAGGAAAAGAGUGAGAAUGCAGACGGAAAAGCAGGGAGAAUACAGGGAAGAACCAAGAGCCUAAGAGAAGUGCAAAUGCAAAAGCAAGCGAGGCUACAGGGAAGAAAGGACAGCAGAAGGGGAGUGCAGGUGCAGAUCCCCCAAACACAGCACUCCCUGCCCGCUAGGGUUGCGGGUGCGACGCAGUCACCACAAUGACGUCGAGGAUCAAUGCCGGGUAAUUCAGUGAGCGUUCCAACAAAGAAUCAAGGAAAAAACUGCCAGGCAAAACUAAGAAACCUUCUGGCAACAGGUCUUUAACGUUACGCGUAGAGUCCUUUGGAACAGGAGUUGUUUCUGUGUCAACAACUUGAAGAUCAAUUCAGGCAACGGCUACUAAAGAAAAACGAGUCACAUAACAUGGAGAGCAAAGAAGAGAAGAGAGAGGAAACAGAGAGGUGCCAGCACUGCCACCCGGGGUGGGCAGCAGGCUGCUGGUGCCAGCGUCAUCAUGGGCGGCGGCCAGCACUGGCCACGCUGUCACCGCGUCGCCGUGGCGACGUUUGUGACACGGCCACCCGGGAGGGGUAUGAAGGCGGUGCACGCUGGUGGGUCCUGCAUCCUGAAGGAGCAUCUGGUAGAGAGCAGACGCACCUGAAGGGAUGAGCUCCGGCAUGGCUGGCGCCAACAAGGAGCAACCCGCUGGCACGAGGCGGAACAGGAUGAGCUUCUGCGAGGAUGGCCCCGCAGCGAGGCGUGCCUCCAUACCCACCUGCACCGACACCGAAGAGCGAGUUGCCGUCUGGGAUGCGGUGGCCGCCUACGUACAAGAGCACCUCCUGGUGCAGAAGGGGGUCUGGAUUCCCACCUUCGGAUCCUUUGACACCAUCUCCAGAGACAUCAGGACUGAGGACGGGACCGUGACUCUGCGUUGGCCCGUCUUUCACUUGUCUGGAAACCUCAUAGCCGUGCACCACCUCAAGCCCCGCAGGGAGUCCCUGCCAGCCCAUAGGAAGCUGGAGCCGCUCAAGAGCAGCGAGGUGGCCGCAGCUGCCUCUGUGACCUGGCAGACAGCGCAGGCUUGCAUCCAAAGCACCGUGUCCCUGCUCUCUGGCUGCCUGAAGAAUGGGGAGAACGUUGCCGUUGUCUUCAAGGACAUUGGAGUGCUCCACAUCGAUGGACUGACCUUCCACAUGAAAUUCUAUUAUGACUUCCUUGAGAAGCUGUCAGGGAAAGAGAAGUUCAGGAAAGCUCUUCUCAAGGCCCCCUGGCUGCUGGACAUGGUGGUGUCCCGAGCGGCACCGGUGGCCUCCCUGGCACUCUCUGGCUGCCUCGUCGUCUUUCCCAAGUUUCAAAUGGAGUUUGUACCCAAACCACCACCUGGGAUAUCCCGCAGGUCCUCAGGAGGCAUCCCUGCGGAGGGGAAACCAAAGGAAGAGGAGGCUUUGCCACCUCUCGCACAGGGCAAGAAAGUGAGAUUUGCUGGCAAGCCAACCUACAUCAAACGCUUGAGCUCGGACAGUCUAGAUGGAGGAAAACUCCGAAGGAUAAGGAGCUUACUGCGCAAGGAGAGCUCUACGUCCAGUCUGCUGCCAGCCAUCCCUGGAGUGCCUGAAGACCAAAAGCAGCCGCUGACCUGCCAGCUGCAGGGCCAGGCAGAAACAGACAGCCAAGAAGACCUGGGCCGAGCCCCGGGAACCAAACACGUGAGCUUCCGUGAGGAAGAACGGGAAGCGGAAAAAGCCCAUCGUGUGGCUGCGGUGCUGAAGUUGCCCAAAGCCAACGAAUCUUUCAGCAACGAUUCCAGACCUUCCUCAAGGGCUCAGUCCAGCCCGUCGCAGGCAUCGCAAGGCACUCCAUCCCGGCUUCCACUUCUGGCAUGCGACUCAGUCAGACUUCUCAGGCGCAGGGCUAAGAAGAGCAGGCAGAAAGAACCUGAGGAGAUGGAAGCAUCAACAUCUCAGGCUGAGGCCAGCCAGCCGCAGGAGUCCUCUGCUGACAGAGCUGGAUUUCUGCCACCGAUAAACGAAGAAACACAGUCUCCUCAGCAUCAGCCUCCAAACACCAAAGCCCCACCGCGCAGGAAGGGCACACACUACCCACGCUGAUGCGGGCAUGGGGCGCCCAUGAGCUCCAAGAGCUCCACUCGAGCUGGCUGCAAAACAGAUGCUUGAAUCCCAUCUGCAUCAUAUCUAAUCCUAGACUAGGCUGCCGAGUGCCCAAUCCAACCUGGCCUUCAACACUGCCACGGACGCGGCGUCCACAAGCUCUCUGGGCAUCCGCUUCCAGCAUCUCACCACCGUCUCUGGAAAGACCUUCUCCCUGACAUCCAAUCUUCAUUGUCCCUCCCUCUGUCAAUAAAGCCUUACCAUGGCCCUAUCCCAUAGAAAUCUCCACAA